GUCACGACAACCAAUCUCAUUUCGAUGUAGGGGACUGGGGCAACGGCAUAGUAUUAACCAUCUAGGACGGGGAUGAUUUAAGCCCCUGUUGUCUGCUACCCAGCAAGGAGGGUUGAUCACGAUGAGUGGGAAGAGCUUCCUGCUGAAGGUGAUCCUGCUCGGGGACGGAGGGGUGGGCAAAUCCUCCUUAAUGAACCGCUACGUCACCGACCGCUUCGACUCGCAGUCGUUUCACACCAUCGGCGUGGAGUUCCUCAACAGGGACCUGGAAGUGGACGGACGCCUGGUGACCCUUCAAAUCUGGGACACGGCCGGCCAGGAGCGCUUCAAGUCCUUGCGCACGCCUUUCUACCGCGGCGCCGACUGCUGCCUGCUCACGUUCGCAGUGAACGACCUGCAGAGCUUUCAAAACCUCAGUUGCUGGAAGAAAGAGUUUAUGUAUUACUCUGAUGUGAAAAAUCCCGAGCAUUUUCCUUUCGUGGUGCUGGGGAACAAGGUGGACAUGGAGCAGAGGCAAGUAGGGGAGGACGAAGCGCGGGCCUGGUGCGAGGAGAACGGCUGCUUUCCUUACUUUGAGACCAGCGCUAAGGACGACACCAACGUCACAGCCGCGUUCGAGGCAGCCGUCAGGGAGGUUCUGGCCGCCGAGGAGCAUAUUGACCACUCGGUACUGAGCGGGACUAUAGAUCUCCACGGCAACCGUAAAAUUUCUCGUGGGUCCUGCUGCUAACGGGUCGACUUGGAAACCUCUGCUUAUAUGUGGGUAGAUAGUGCCGGUGAGUUAUUAGGGUACAUGUAGGGCAGGUACCAGUUGCCCUAUGAUUCUUAAGAUAAGGUACAACUGAGGCCCUGUUCUUUAUUGAUACUGAUAAGAUUUAAUCUGGGGAGAGCAGUGUCAAGAGUGCAGCUGCUAUCGAAAGGGCUGAAUUAUUGCCCCAACCAAGGUACAGGAGCACUGAAACGCUUAUUUUGUACUUCCUUUAAUGUUGCACAUUUGACCCUUUGUCCUUUAUUUCUGUCCAUAAUGCUUUCAGAAUGUCAGUGGAACCUCCAAAGUUGAACACGAUCCAUUCUAUGACGGCAGUUGACUUCAAAGUAUUUAAAAUUUAAGCACAUGCUUAAAGUAACAUUUAACUUUAGCUCAUCGGUUGCCAUUGACAGCAAUGGUACUGAUUCAUGGUAUUCUACACUUUUUUAAGUUUAAUAAGUUUAAGAAAAAAAAAUACCGGAAAUCAUCGUGCCUUUUAGAUGAAAGGUGUCAAACAGGCCUGCGAAAGUAAAUCACGUGCAUCGAUCGAUUACAUGUUUUAAAAUUAACAUUUACCGUUUGUACCCCCCCUUUUUUUUUUUUUUUUUUAAAGGAAAGUAAAAUAAAUGGAUAAAAAGAGAAUUUUUUUCAACUUUUAAAGAAAAAAAGAAAUUCAAAAUAAAUUUACCCAUUUUUGUUUUGUUUUUAAAAGGGGAAAAAAAAACUAAAAAUGACCUAAGAAAAAUUCCCUAUUGAAUUUGCUAAAAGGGACAAUUUGGACAAUUUUGAAGUCAACAAUGUCUCUAAUCAACUCAACAACUAUCAAAAUACCGGUGUUCUGCAAUUCCUUGCGUGGCGAGACGUCUACACACUGCUCAGUGCGCUUGUGCAAGCGUCUGCACGCAUGCGCACAUCGGUUAAAAGCGGCGAAUACUAGCUAUUUUUGUUUUUGUUGAGUUUUUUAUUACCUUUUAAUUGCCUCAAAAUACUUUUUGCAUGAACUUCCCUCUCAUACUUUUAACCAUUGUGUUUUCUUGUGGUACCUUUAAAUCAGAGUGUUAGUCACGUAGCGUAUUUAAACCAUCCUUAUUUUAUACAGCUACAUUUAUGUAUUUUCUUAAAGGGAACCACGGAUGGAAGGACAUGUAGUUCUUAAAAGAUCAAUCAUAGAACAAGUUAUAAUAAUUUGAUAUUAAAAACCCUCUCAAUGUUUUUGUUUCAGUAAAAAUAAACUAGUCGCUCGCCAUUGUUGUUGAUGUCGCAUGGCGGUGACGUCACAUGGCCACGCUGCCGGAAUUCCACGUGUCACUCUUUAAAUAAAUAAAUAAAUAAAAACCUUGUCACUCUUUAAUUAUGUAAGGUAGUGACUUAAAUAUGCCACAAGGUGUCAGUGGCGAGUUUUAAAUUAAUUAGGGAUCAAGCCAUUGAGUACGUUUCGUCCCUAGACUGACGCUGUAGUUUUCCUUUAAUCCACUUUGGGCUGUAAGGCAGAGAGUAAGGAGAGUGGACACAGGCGUUCAGAUUCGUAGCUCGUGCCGUUUAGUAGCGUAAGCAUUGGCAACUCUUUGCCAACAAACAUAAGUAUCAUAUAAUGAAAAUACAACAAAAAUAUAUUACUCAAAAAAUAAUGUUCUCAAAAAGAGCUUCAAUCUGUAUUAAUGAGGCCCUAUUCUCUCUUAGUUAAACAGCAAUGCAAAGAACUGGCAUUCACAAAUUCACUAUCAAAAUAGAUAUGCAAAAUGCACAUAAAACUUACUCAGACUUUGGUCAAACUCUAUUCAAAUAUUUUAACAACUCGUUUAGCUCAACGAAUACACUGGAUGGCAAUAUUUAGUCACAAUAUACAAACUAUGAUGCUGGGAGCCAUUAUCAGGAGUCCUGUUUGUUAUGAAGGCAACACUCAAAUGAACGUAUAUCACAAUGGGCCUGCACUAAACAGGAAACUAAGGCGUCAGUUGAGGGACAAAAUGUACUCAUUGGCUUGAUCUCUUAUUAAUUCAAAACUCGCCAUUGACACCUUGUAGUGUAUUUCAAUCACUACUUUACAUAGUUAACUCAUUCACUCCCAGCUAUUUUCACCGGAGCAAGGCCCUUCGCUCCCCGCCGUUUUACUGGAUUUUGACUGAUUUUGCAAGGCCCACAGAAAAUUCUGUUGUAUUGCUAUAUAAACAUGGAACCCACCAAAAGAAAGAUUAGACUCUCUUCUUUCAGCAGAAAAAAAGUUCGUCUUUUACCAUUCUUUAGAAAUCAGCAUUAGAAAAUAGCUUUGUUUGAGCAAUUUUCCAAUUUCUGAUGAAAAAACGGAGAAAUUGAGCUUUUUGUGAAAGCAUACAUUUCAAACAUAACUUUGACAUUAACACAGCUAUUUUUUGCUUUAGUUACAUCCCAAACAUCUGAAUAAUGUUUUCCUUUUACAAAAUAACAUAAACAACAAGACAAAUAGAGCUUUUGAUAGCAAAGUAACAAUUUAUUUACAUAUAACUAACUGAAAGAUGACGCUAUUGUUGCCGCGACAGCCGGUUAAACUUUUCUCUCAUCUCCGCCUGUUUCAAAAAGAUACAUUUUUUUGGGUCUCUGCGGGCUCUGCUUGCAAGCAGCAUGGAGUCAACGGCAUCUAGUGGUCCUGGUCGUUCUGCUCGGUCGUCCGCCGCCUGGCAUCCUUUCGGUUGUCUUCCGCCGGCGCCACGGCUUUGCAGCUCGGCCGUUCAUUGCCGUUGAAUAGGCUUACCAAAUGCGCUACUGCCACCCAGUGGCCAGUUUUAUUGCUUUAAAAUGGAUUUUCAGCUUUGUGCUUUUGAGCUAAAUUGAAUGAGAACCCAGAGAUGUCUCUUUUGAAAAAAAACGUAAAAGACGUAUACGUCUUUGGGACACUGAAACAAUUAAAAAUAGAACAUAUUUAUAUGUUUUUUGGGAGCAAAUGAGUUAAAGAGUGACACUGUGAAGUACGGCAGCGUGGCCAUGUGACGUCACCAACAAUGGCAAACUACUAGUUAAUUUUCUAAACAUUUUUUUUUACAAAUUUUAUUAAAACAAAAACAUUGAGAGGUUUUAAUAUCAAUGAUAAUUCGUACUAACAUUCAUCUUUUAAGAACUACAUGUCUUGCUAACCGUAGUACCCUUUAAAGCAUUUUUAGUACAUUCUGCCCGCCUGCAUCUAAACAAAACAAGUUGAAAGCGCAUGGUAGUACUUUGGGUGUCAAAUUUUCAUCUUGUAGACGUUUCGCAAAUGUAGGCCAUUUUGGCAGAACACCGGUACUGGCCGUUUCAUUUGCUAAUCAAUAAGUGGUCUAUCAGUCGGCACCAGACGAACGAUCGCUGCCAUCCAUCCCAGUCAAAAUGGAUUGAACGUCUAGCGUCAUCAGUGGCAGCCAAAUGAGUUAAAUACUUAUAAGGGUUUUUCGACAUAAUAGCCCUCUGAAGAAAACCAUAACUACGUGGCCAGUGGCAACUCAUAAGAUUUGCACGUAUCAAGUAACUAUUUGGAUGUUAUUCCCCAAAAAGCCUUCCAAAUUAUAUCACAGUUGGGAUUUUCUACAUUUUUGUUCGGUACAAUGUGAAAAAUGUGUUUCCCAAAGCACACUUAACUUUUCGUAGCAGCAGCAUGCGAGCGGAUGAAGUAUUUACCGUUUGCGAGCUGACAUCUGUUAUUCUACCAAUGUCGUCAUUGCUGAUAGGUACGAAGUGGCGAUGGCCGCUGCUCUGUGAUCGUCUUUAUUGCCAUUGAUAUAAAGGGAAUUGUGAGCUUUGUUUCCGCCUCAGCUGUCUUUUUACAACCACCCUAAACUGUAGCUACAGGUGUUAUUCACGUACUGUAUUCAGGCCAGUGUCUCUGAAGUAGCCUACAUUUUCUACUGUUUAUAAACUGCUGUUUAUUUCUCGGCAAGGCAUCCUUCCAUUCCGUUGUUUUCGCAGACACUGUGCAAUUUUUCAAUCAGGGAAGGAUGGAUUUCUGUCCCUGAUGUGUCAAAGUGGUUAUGAUUAUUGCACUGAACAAAUUUCCUAAUCAGGGCAUGCUUUUAAUUCUACCUACUUGAUUGUGUGGCAAGCUUUAACGAACCAGUCUUUUUUUAAGCUACGCUCAUUCCUAAGGUCUUUUUUUGCUUCACUGAUAACGUUUAUUACAUGUAGACCUCAGUUGAACGUGGUGCAUUGCGCAAGACCUCUUUUCAUACAGUACACAGUGAACUGUACAUAAAAGAAUUAAUAGAACUGUAUGUUUACCUGAUUUCUGCUGGAUGGUACUUUCAUUUCAAUGACUUUAGUAUAUAGUCACAACUACCAGAUUAAUUGGGAGUUUUUGGAUAAUUUCAGAAAAUUGUGGUUUUUAAUAUGUUAGUUGUUGCUUAAAUUAUUGCAUUAUACACAAUGCUUUUAUAAUUUAUUUCUGUGAUGUUUUAGCACUAUGUUCUCACAUCAUGCUCUUAUGAUACCAGCCUUGUUUAAUUCUUAAAAUCUCAGUGUUAUACUGCAACAGAGUGUGCAUGCGCAAGACAUGUUGUGGACAAAAUGACAAGUUAUGACUUUGCCUUCACAUGGGUUUGCAAAUGAAACAUGAUGUUUAGUAGGGGUGUAACGGUACACAAAAAUCUCGGUUCGGUACGUACCUCGGUUUUGAGAUCACGGUUCGGUUCAUUUUCGGUACAGUAAGAAAACGAAAUGCAAAAUAUAAAUGUGCUAGUUGUUUAUUACGCACCUUUCAACAAUAGGAACAUUAGCCUAUACAAAGCUAGAAUUCUGCUCAAUUAGUAGCGGGUAUUUAAAGAUAAUCCAACAACAAUUUGCCUUUCAGACCCCGCGUAUUGGUCAGCUUUCUAUCUGGAAGAAAAAAGAAGUCCUGUGCUAAAGAGAAAAGCAAUCCCAAUGACAAAGAUUUUAACAUGUAUUUUACAAAUGAAAUGCCUCAGUGAAUCAUUUUUUUCCCUUAUGAACAGUUUUCGAAAGCUUUAUUGGUGGAUUUUCCAAAGUUAAAGGCACACAGAAAUUAAUAAAUUUGUGUAAGCAGGAUCUGUGUAUUAUUCUUAUCAUUUAAUUACAGGUGUUUUAGCUCAUUUCAAUUUUAUUUAAAUGAGCUAUUAUUUAUUUUGUGUUUUCAUUUGACAAAUGUGAUGUAGUAUUCAUUUAUAUUAUAUAUUUUAUGUUGUAUAACUUUAGUUCCUAUGUAAAUAUUAGUUCUUACUUGUUUUGUUGUGGUAGGAGGGUUUUGUAUUGAACACGGGGCCGUGUUGGUUAUUAUUAUAGCAGAGAGGACAGCAGUAAAUCAACAAAGACAAGUCAACUGUGCCCCGAUCUAACACUCAAGAGAUCUGAUGGACUCAAAAAGUGGGUUACGAUUGCAUAUUAGUUUGAAAAUCGACCGGAUCCACCGUAUUUUUACACGAGUGACUUCCAGUCUGCCCGAUCCUAGCUACCGGUAGUAGUAUUGACGCAGGAGGGUCGCGUCUCGCCUCAAAUAAUAAACUCUGCCGUUCUUUUCGCGUGCGAUGUGUUGAGCCGCUUCUGGGACGCGUCUAACACGCGGCUGCACUGCGACUGGUCUGCAUUGGCUGAUUGACUUUGACGCCCGCAUUUCACCGCAUUCUCGCGGCGGCCACGUUGUCUCACCUUUGAUGUUUCUGGGUUAUAUUGUCCUACCGUGUUGGUCCUCGUUACAGUAGAGAAGACGGAGUAAAUAUAAUCUACACAAAGAAACUGUAACCCGAUCGACUCACAGCCUCGAAAAGUAAGGGUUACAUUAUGUCAGAAACUGGUUCAGUACGCCUCCGUUCCGAACAGAGCACCACAUACCUAAACGGUUCGAUACAAAUACAUGUACCGUUACACCCUUAAUGUUUAGACUUUAAGCUUAAAUUCUAAAGCUUUUUAACUGAUACAAAAUGUCCAGUUCUGGACUUCAGCCUCACCAUGUAUAUUAUUACAUUCACGCAGCCCUGUUUUGAAAGUGGUAGCCCACCAGGCCUAUAAAGUACCUGAUUUGUAAUAAUUUUUUUUCCCCCAUUUUGCCAUUUAGUAUAAUUUCAAUGUUUCUCAUCCUGUUGAAAGGAUUUAACAAUGUUUACCUGAAAUAUAUCCUAUCCAUAAACAGAUUACCUACAGUAUAUCUGAUUUCAUGUCAGUGUUCACGUUGCUGUAAUAUUCAUGAAUGUAAAACCUAAUGUUUGCUGCUUCCAUUAAUGGCUUAAACAAAUGUUCAUGUAUUUCAUUUCUCUCUUAUGUUCAGUCCAUAUGUGAAAGUUGGAAUUCCCAACUUGUUAACAAUCUCAUUUCUUCCCUUGCUAAACUCUUUGCACUACAUUUGAUAAGACUGGUUGUCUUUGCUUGAGUGUGAAAUAAAAUUUAUAAAACAUUUGUGUGUGUGCAACAGUGGAGCCUACUGUCAUGCCUUGCGGAUUGCUGAAAUAUUGCCGCUUUACCAUUGACUACAGUAUUUCUAUUAGGAGUGGGAAAAUCUUGGUACCUCACUAAACGAAACGAUUUGCGAUACAAAGCUCACGCUAACGAUAUGAUAUAGCUAUGCGAUUUUCGAUACAUUAGUCAGGAAAUCAUUCUAGAAUAUUCUACAAAAAAUAAACAGAAAAACAAGCUUCUGCUGUGAUUUGGAAUGAGAUUAUCACUAGUAGACGUCUAAUCCAUUUGAACUGGGAGGGUGAAUGUUCAUUCGCUGCCAUCCCUCCCAUUUCAAACGGAUUGAACAUCUAUGGCUGUCAGUGGCAGCUAAUGCCAGGCAAUGAGUAAUUUUGGGCCAUUUAAGGUCAUUUACCUGUUGAUUUUCAGUUACUUCCUGUUGAUUUUGGGGUAUUUUAUGGGUCACUUGCUGUUUGUUUCGUGUCACAGAACUGGAAUUGACCUGGGAGUCACCCAAAUGAAUGGGCAGUGACUCAAACUCAACAUGAAAUGACCUGUAAAUGCCCUAAAAUGAAAAGCAAGUGACCUGUAAAUGCCCCGAAAAUCGGACCGAAUGACUCUGAAUGCUCUGGUUUUGAAAGAACGAACGUUCCCAGUCGAGCACAGUCAAUGGCAGCCUUUUUUUUUUUUUUUUUAAAUUGACACCUUUUUAAAACGAUAUCUCGAUUCUUGACAGGAGCAUAUCGAUAACCUUUUGGGAUACAAAGUAUCACGUUAUAUGACCAUUUCGAGAUUAUGUCACACCCCUAAUUUCUAUGGAAAAACUUUACAUUUACAGCAACAACCUACACUGUCAAAAUGAUGCUUUAUACUAAGAAUUCCACGUGAUCACAAAAGUUAUGUACAAAUACUGCCACUAUAUAUAAAAGAUGGGCAUUUGACUAAAUAACUAAACAAGCUGUCAUGGGCAGGAGUCCCACUACUUUGAUCCUUGCAGUGCAUGAUAGCAUUUUUAUUCUCCCUUCACUUAAAGGGUUGUCAAAAAUCUCACAGAAGAAAGGAAAGGAAUAUAGUACAGUCAGAGAACGUAACAGUAAAUCGGCAUUAGAAAUUGACUGAGAACAGCUCAGUUCAUCCAAAACUACCAAGCAAUAAGGGUCAUAUUUUUUGAUACAUAAACACAAAAUAGCCAAUUUCUCAUGAAAACAAGAUCGAGAAGGAAAUCAAAGAUUCCAAUGAUAAUGAAUUACAAUGAGGAAUCAACUGGUCAGGAACUGUCAGAUAGAUUUGCAGGGUAGGGGGAGCGCAGCGCCCCUCCUUUAUCCCGCAGCCACUUCCCAUACAGGUCGCCGUCUCCCUUCUUGGACCGGCCUCUCCGCUUCCUCAGGUUCAUUGCCAACUGCAAGGAGGAGUGCACCUGAGGACAAGAGGAGGAGAGAAUACAAAAUGCCCAACCAAGAAACAGCAUCUCCGUCACACAGUGUCACACAGCCAAAGAUGGGAGUGUUUCUGCGGGGUUAAUAAAUCUUUCAGGUGCUCUGCACAAAACUAGAAUGUUCCUUUUAUUAUCAAAUAGCACAACAGAAAAACAUUUUAUCAAACAUUUUACAAAUGCUCCACUAACAGCAAGAUAAAGCUUUCACAAAAAGGAUAAAACUACAUUGCUAGUUUUAAAAAAGGUUAAAAGUUAAUACCGCCCCAGUAAGUUAAAAGAUGUUAUACAAUAACUACAACAAAAUUCCUUGAGAAUGAGAAACAGGCAAAUUCAAAGUACCUCAGUCAUGUAAUAAAAGGAGUCGACAUCAGAGAAAAUAAACUAGUUUUUAAAUGUUUGUCUGCAAUGUCCGUAGUUGCGUAAUUAGCUCAUAAACAGACCAAGAGAAUGUUAUGUUUAUU